CUCCGCCCAGAGGGCUGCGGCGCCCCGCGGGCCGACGGGAAGAUGGCGGCGGCGGGUGGCCCGGCGGGGAAGGGGCGCGACAUCAGCCUGGCGGCCCUGCGGCGCCACGACCCCUACAUCAGCCGCAUUGUGGACGUGGCCAGCCAGGUCGCCCUGUACACCUUCGGCCACCGGGCCAACGAGUGGGAAAAGACUGAUGUGGAGGGAACCUUAUUUGUUUACACAAGGUCUGCGUCUCCAAAGCACGGCUUCACCAUCAUGAACAGGCUGAGCAUGGAGAACAGGACGGAGCCCAUCACCAAAGACCUGGACUUCCUGCUACAGGACCCCUUCCUUCUCUACAGAAAUGCCAGAUUGUCCAUCUAUGGAAUUUGGUUUUAUGACAAGGAAGAGUGCCAAAGAAUUGCAGAGCUUAUGAAGAACCUCACUCAGUACGAACAGCUGAAAGCCCACCACGGAGCGGGAGCCGGGGCCUCACCUGUGAGCCUUGGCUCAGGAGAGGGCAAGGAGGCCGACAUCUUGCGGAUGCUGACCAAGGCCAAAGACGAGUACACGAAGUGUAAAACCUGCUCUGAGCCCAAACAGAUCAGCAGCUCGUCCGCCAUCCACGACAACCCCAACCUCAUCAAGCCGAUUCCAGUGAAACCCAGUGGGAGCCGGCAGCAGCGGGGCCCUCGGCCCAGCCAGACCUCAGACCCGGAACCCCAGCACCUGUCCUUGACCGCACUCUUUGGGAAGCAGGACAAAGCCCCGUGUCAGGAGGCCACAGGGCCUCCCCAGACCCUCCCCCUGCAGCAGCAGCAGCCAGAGACGCUCCCAACGCGGCAGGGGGUCGUCCGAUCCCUAUCCUAUGAGGAGCCCCGGAGACCCUCGCCCCCCGUCGACAAGCAGCUCUGCCCUGCCAUUCAAAAGCUCAUGAUCAGGAGCGUGGACCUACAGCCGCUGGCGGAGCUGCCAGAGAACCGGCCCUGCACAGACGCCCUCAGGGCAGCCUGCGCUGGGCCUGCCCGGACAGGGUCUCCCUGCAGCCGCGCACUCGCAGCCCCCGGGACUCAGAACCCGCUCCCGCUGCAGAGCAUCCCCGGGGCCGAGAACAGGUGUGAGCCGGGGGCGCCAGCACCUGCCAGCUCGACCACCACCCACGCGGCCCCGGCCCAGCCCACCUGUCUCAGCAGUGCCCUCCCGCCCCAGACUCCAGGGCCCCGGGCCCUCCCCAGACCGGCGCCCCCUGGCCCCAGCCCUGGCCAUCAGCCAGUGGGGCCAGGCGAAGUCUCCCCACGGGAGCUGCUACGGAGGCUCCAGGCGGUACAGCAGGACCAGCAGCUGCCUGUGCCCGGCCGCCCGGCCCUGGCGGCCAAGUUCCCCGCGGCCACCCCGAGCACCCGAGCGCGGAACCCCCUGGAGCCCUGGAGGGACCCGCCCCCCAGCACAGAGCAGCCGGCUCCCCUCCUUCAGCAGGUCCUCUCGCCCCAGCGCAUCCCGGCCGCCGCAACCCCGUCUCCACUCAUGUCGCCCCUGGUGUUUGCGCAGCCCAGCUGGGCCCCGCCGCAGGAGAGGAGCCGUGCGCCCUUACCCCCAGGAAACCAGGACCCUGCUGCCACCCCCGCCGGCCUCCUCCUGCCCCUGCGGACUCCUGAGCCCCCGGGGACCCCUGGCAGCGCCCUGAGCAAGCCGCAGCUCCAGGAGGCCCUGCUGCACCUCAUCCAGGCAGCGACUGACCAGGCCUCUCUGGAGCCAGCCUCACUCCGUGCUUCCCCAAGGCUGCUGCCCCGCACUGCAGGCCACGAGCAGCUGCUGCCCUCCCAGCUGACCACUGAGGACCCACAGCUGAUUCACCCCCCCCCAACCUCCACAGCCUGGCCUGCAGCCCCCCUGUUCACACAGGCGCUUAGAAGCCAGGCACUGUGAGCACACAGAAUGAUGACAACUUCUUAAAUAUCAUCUACGAGGCUUAUCUCUUCAGCUUGACACAAGCGGCUGUAAAGAAGACUCUGUGAAAGCAAGACGUUUCAAAACCCAUGUCCGAGGCCCUCCGGCUCAAGGCUCUUUCUUGUCAAAUGUUGUUUCCCUAAAUGUUUCUGCCUUUUUUUACCAAAAAAAAAAAAAAAGAUGUAUAAUAUGAAGUAAAAUGUUUCAGACUUUUUCA